AAGAAAAAAAAUCCACCUUGCAUUCCUGGCCUGCCUGGCUGGAAUGAAAGCUUCCAAAUGUGGUCUAGCACCUUCCUGCCUUUGAGGCAAAGGAUGUUCCAAGUGCUCCGAGCCUUGCCCAGGAAGCAGAAUAAUGACUUUAAUCAGGCUUUAAUCAGUGGUACCAUUAGGAUCCCUGAAAAAAUGGAAAUUGUGGGAUUUUUCUGGKUUUUGUUCAUGGGCUCUUAGGGACAGUUGUUGCUUGCUGGGAAUUGACCUGUUUUGGGGAUUUUUUUUGGUGUUUUUCUUCAUGGUACCUGUCUGGGCAGUAGGAGCCUGGCAGGGAUUUGAGGUCCUGGAUCAGGAAAAUGUAAUUUUGGGAGCACUUGGCUGUGAGAUAUUUGGGCAAAGGGAAGAAGGCGAGCUGACACUAAGUUGGUAAUGAGAUUAUAUCAGAUGUGUAUUAGGAAGAAAUUGCUGCCAGGAAGAAGCACCAGGAAAGGGGGUGAGAAAAGUUCAGCUGUGACCUCGUCACCCUUGGAAAGGCAUUUAGGAUUUCCCAAUAAAUCCCUCCACGGGAUUGGUGAGGGUUUGGUGGCUACUGUGACAGUGUGGGGAGGUGAGGGGGCUCUCUUGUCUCACCAGGAGCAGCUGCUCAUCCUGGGCUGUGGCUGGGAGAUGAUCUUGAUGCCCUGCUGAUGUGGGAAUUGGAAUUUCAUAGCUCCAGCAGAUAGGCUUGGAAAUAAUUUAGGGAAUACCGUUAAGCUUUGUUAGAAAUCUUUUGGGGCAUUGUUAAAUUUGGCAUGGGACAAGGAGGGGUGAGUGAGGAGGCUCUCAGCUGUGUCCGUAGAGUUCUGAGAUCCUUGCAGUGGGAGGAGGAGAAAACAGCUCUCAGCACAAGCCUGGGGCUGUGCCAGGAAGAUCCUGUCAGAAUUGCUUGGAUCUGGGAUGAACUUUUUCACAGACAAAUCAAAGGAACAACCAGUUUAUGCAAUGCACUGAGGAAAUCCCCGUGAGUCUGUUCUCCUAGUCUGGCAACAGCCUUAAACAGGCUUGUGAGCAGCUGGGGCACGGAUGGCUCUGGAGAGCAUCAGAAGCACCCCAAGAACAGGACCUGCUUUCUGGCACACCAGUUUGGAGUGUUUCAAUAAUGGGUCUUGGCUGUCCUGGUGGUCCCCAGCCAGGGUUGGGAUUGGAAUUGGGGUGGGGCCGGUGUGAGCAGGGCCAAAUGUGGGUGUUAUGAGUCAAGCAGCUGAAUUUUGGACCAGAAAACCAUGGAGUGGAGGGGAAAACUUGUGUGAAAGUAGAGUCACCGAAGCUCAGCCUUGAUUUGCAAGUGUUCUGUUAGACUCUGAAUCCAGCAGACGUGGAGAUGGUUCCUGGGGAAGCUCCUCUUGCCGUUGUCAUGGCACUGGGAGAGGAGAUGCAGCUCCUGGGUUUUGCUCCAGGUAUGUUCUCCUGCCCUGGAUGGAUCUGUGUGCAUGGGAUGGGAAAGUUGGGAUGGUUCUGGAAGGAAUCGGCCAUCUCCCACCCAAAGAGAUGAACACAGUGUUGUAUGAUGCUCUGGAAACCAUGGAAACAGUUGUAAAGUGCUGCUGAUGGAAGGCACUGGGAUCCUGGGGAGGUUGGAGAGGUGAUUGUGGUUCCGUGUUUGUAGGGCCGUGAUAAUGCUGCUCCUCCAGGUGCUAGGUCCUCAGCUGGAAAAGAUUCCUCUGCCUCUGGCUUCUGGCAGGGGCAGGAGAAAGGCAUGAAGAAUGCAUUUUUAUGGGAAUGGGGAGAUCUGUUGGCUGCAUGGGUCUUGCCCCAGGCAGCUCCAGAGGCUCCUGGCUGGAGCAGCAGCCAUCUCCCAGGCCCUUCAGGAGCGGUGCCAGCCAGCACAGAGCCCGGCUCGUUAGUAUUCCAGGGAAACAGCAAUGCUGGGAUUUGCAGCACACUGCUCCCUGCUCCGCAGCCUUGGGUUUGGUGUUGCCAUGUUCACUGUAGCCAGAGCAGCAUCUGCCACAUAUCAAACGCUCAAAACCCAUAAAUUGGUGCUGGCACAGUGGGAACAGCCUGCAUCGGUCCUUGCCAGCCUCGCUGUUGGCCCCGGCACUAAUUGACCUCCUGAGAGAGCAGCAUAUGGGCCAUGGCUAUGCCAGCGCCUCCAAAUGACCCAGGCCCUGGCUCCCAACCUCCYAAGUUCAUCCAGGAGCUCCUGUUCAAAUCCAUAUUCCAGGGGCCCUUUGGCUUUCAGGGCAUGGAGAGAAAAGGGUGUUCYUGGGUGGUUCAAUGAGGAAAAUGGRACUAGUUUCCCUGCUCUGACACUGACUGGUGUGGCCAUGGGUUGGUUGUACAACAUUACGUUCUUCAGCUUUUUUGGACCAAGGGAAGCAUCAGCUCUGCCCAUCUGUGAGUGGACUGGGAGCACGGAUGCUUCCCAGUGAUGCUUUGCUGGUAAGGAUGGGUGUCACUGCGUGAUCCCUGUGAGAAAGCCAGGAAUCCUUUCCAGCAGCAUUCCAAGUACUUUUUUCAGGAAGAGGUGGGUUUGCUGUCACCAGGGGAUGCUUUUUUCCCCCUCUUAAAGCAUCCUGGUGUCCCCAGAUGAAUUAUUGACUACUGGAUUCACUCUUCCCUCACAUUGCAUAGGGGGUUGUUAGCGUGGAUACUGAUUAAUCAUGCUCUAAUUCAUGGAAAACAGGGUUUUUUCCUUAAACCAUCACCCAGUUGCUGCUCUGUGCUAAGCAGCAGAGAAGUUUUGCUGCAGCUGUUUGUCUCCACACUGAAGUGCUUUUCCCAAGUGUCUUUUACCUCCUUCCCCAGAGCAUAAUAAAGUUUAACUAAUGCUCACAAAGUGCUUGGAGAUGCCUGAUUGACAGGCUUUGAGGGGAACAAAGUAUCUUUAUUUUCCCCAUCAAAUUCCUGUUGCAAAGAAUCCUGGAGAGUGGGGCUAACACUCUGUCAGCUGGAUCUUGUUAGUAAACAAAUUGCAUUUUGCCAUCAAUUUGCUAAUGCUAAUUGCCACUUUGAGGCUCCAGUCAGGUUUUUAAACAAAUUAUGCCUGGCCCGUUCAUCCCAACAGCUGUCCCUGAAUGACAAGAAAUAUUGAUGUGGCUCUUAUUGGAGAAAGGAAUUGGCUUUGGUGGUGAAGACAAAUCACCAACCCAGAGUGCUGAGGAGUGUUGCUCUGAAGAAUUGCAGUGACCCGGAAGUAAAAGCUUGACAGAGAGGGAGGGAGGGCGUGAUUUUCCAGCCCUGGAAUUGUGUUGGAUUGUGUUGCCUGAGGAUGAAGGGUCUGGGCAGUGGAAGAGGGUUUUAAUCUCUUAUUUGCUCUUGGCCCAAGCCCUGAUCCUCGCUGGCUUUUCCCUCUGYACCUCUGGUAUUGUGGCUGCUUUGAUCUGCCUCCCCUCCCUUCUUGCAGGAGUGACUCUGGGCACGUGGGGCUCCCGGGCCUGCUUGGGACUCGCUCCUUUGUUCUUAGGACAUGGCAAUACCAGCGGAGAAAGGGGAAUUCUCUAUCUCAGUGCUCCUGAUGUUGCCCUGCUGAAGAUGUCAGUGGGUUUGUCUGAACUGCGCCUUGAGUUUUAAAUCCUGAAUGCCUCCUGGMGUCCGAGCUCUUUGUGAGGCUCUGGCAGAGCCGUUCCUGCUGUGGCUGACCUGGGAGGGGCAGGACUGGAGCUUUAUCUUUGCAAAAUGCAGAUGGCAGUGGCAAAAAGCACUUUUUACUGGUGCACUCRGCCUGGACUGGUCCAUCUUAGGUGUCUGCUGAGAAAAUGCAAAACUCUGGCCAGGAGAGGACUAGGCAAAAACAAGGGCUGUUUUCCAAGGGGAUUCAAGGGCUGACCAAGGCUAGAAAGUGAAGUAGAUUCAAGGACAGAUAAGAGCUAAAAAGUGCAGUAGAUUCGAGGGCCGAUCAGGGCUAAAAUAUCAAGUGGAUUUGAGGGCAGAUCGGGGCUAAAAAGCUGGAAGCCUUACGAGAACCCAGUAUCACUGGGUGUGAAGGCAAAUCCCUGGGCUGAGUAGCUUGUGUUCCAAAUUAGCCUUUUUUUUUCCACUUUGUGGACCGCUAAAGCCUCUGUGGUGGAAGUGUGGCACCACCAUGGGCACAGCCUGCUGCACCUGUGCUUUGCAUUUGCUGGGAUCCCCAGAACAGCCCCUGAGGGCCCAGGUGUGUGGCUGCGGUGCUGCUGCACCUGUGCCCUCUGUCCCUGCCUCCUCCAGAACAAAGAAGCACGUCCAGCAUCUCCCUGCCUACCUUGUCCCCGCAUCUCCAAAGAUCCUGGCACAGGAUCCUCCAGCUGGGAGAUGCCUCUUUUUGGGAGACAGAGCCCUGGGAGCAGUCUCCCUGGGAGGCAGGGGUUGCUGAGCACCUUCCUGCUGUGCACCUUGCUGUGACCUUGCCUCGCAGAGCAUAAAUACCCCCGGACACACUCUGCUAUAUUUAAUCUUCUGCUCCACGCCUCUCCCCGGGGAGAAGGCGAGAGAGCAAACAUGUGCCAGGCGUUAGUCACGUUGUUGCUCCCUCCCGGAGGCUGCUCAGAUUCCCCAGGGAUAAGCCUGAGGAGAGAGGAUCCCUCUGGAGAGGUGAUAGAUGCUGCUGGCCUCGGUUUUCCUUUGGGCAAGGGCUCCUCACGUUUCACUUGGCACAAUUCCCAUGGAUUAUCCUUAAGGAGGAGGGCUGGAUGCUGAAGAUUGUACUGUGAGAUGGGAGAGUUUGGGAUCCCUUUCCCAAGGGAUGUGGGGGCUUUUCAUUCCUCUCCGUUUGGGAAGGUGUCAAGGAUGGGUAUUGGUGUGAGAGCACACAAUGCCUAAACAACAAAAAAAUGUAAAGAUUCCAACAUAACAACAAAAAUAAACUAAACAUAUCCAUGUUUCCUUUCAGACWGGGGUCAGGAGCAGAGGCCCAGUGGCCAGUGCCCCAGACAUGCCUCAGGGGAGAGCAGGUGGGCAGUGCUGGGUCUAGAAAGGGCCAAAUCCAGAUCUUGGUGCCCAGCAGCACAAACCAAAUUCUUCUCCCUGUCUCUGGAAUUCCAGAGCAUUUCAGCAAGCUCUGGUGGAAGGAGGGAAGGGCUUCGGGAGGGUGGAUUUUUUGGCUGUUUUAUCUUGGGAGGAGUGAGUGCACCUCUGAAACAAGACAAAGGUAUCCCGGUGCACCAUUUCUGCCACUCAGGARCCUCGCAACAGGUCCUGCUCUCGCUUUGAGGUUUGUGCUGUGGCAGAAACGAGGGCACCCAGAGCUUCCUUGAAACAUUUGUGUCUGAACUGCUGCCAGGGAGGAGGCAGCCUCCGAAUCGCUGUUCCCUCUCAGCCGUCAGCACUCUUCCUCCGCUCUGCGAGGAGCUGAUAAUGGCUUGUUUGUGCCUUCCCCACGCCGGGAAGAGGGCUGGGAGMAGGCUGGGAUGGGAGCAGGCGUGUGGCAGGAGCUGUGCUGUCGGGCUUCCUCUCCUGGUAGACAGCAGUAAGUAGUGGCUGGAGACAGUGCCUCUGUCUCGGUACGGAAUGAGUUGUUUUCUCCUCACCCUGAGGGGGAAACUCCGCGUGGGACUGAUUCAGCUCCCUGCAGCGGCUGCGAGCUGGGAGGUCCCUUCCUCACUUCGGGUCCUCUUCCCUUUUCCGUCCCCUCUGGCUCAAGGGGCAGCUUUGGUGUAGGAUUGAGCUUUCAGUGCUGGAGGACUGAGCCUUCAACCGAACCCGGGUGUCAGCCUCUCCUCGCUCCGGGAUUGCUGCCGGUGGGGGAUGUGGGAUAUUAUUCAUUCAUCCRUGCAGCGUUUUCCAUGCAUCCCAGACUUUCCGUGGCAGCGCACGAUGCUGCUGUGAGGGGAAUGCGGGGCAGGGCUUUUGCAGGGCUCCACCUCCGCGGAGCCGCGGCCGGUUUGCUUCCCGCUUAUCUGUUGUGUGGGAUGGCUGUCUCUGAAAAUAGCCAUUUUCCUUCCUGGCACCGACGAUGUGUCUUUCUCUCCAGUCUGACGUGUGUUAAAUCUGAGUUUUCGUGGCAAUGAUGGAGAAAGGGAAGGGUAAGCACGGGUUCCGUGGAAUCAGCUAACGGCACGGCCCCGGGGCUGAACCCCCACAGUCUCUUCGGAGCUGAGCAGGGGUGUGGCAGCAAUUUGGGCGGUGCUAUGUGUCAUGCUGCUUGCAGGGAAUGAGGAAUCCCAGAGCUGGAUCCCUUUCCUCAGCCUGACAGGCUUGGCCCCUGCUCGCAGCCAGCGGGGAAGUUUUCCAGAAGCUUUCCGAGUGUGCUGAGAGUCACUUGACCUGCUGAAGACUUUGGUGCUGGGAACAGCCCCCAGAGCUGACUCGUAGUCAGACCCCACUGGUGCCAGUGAUGUCUGCCUCUGUCUCCAGCAUUACCUGCCAGGUGCAGCCAUCAUGGGAACGGAGCUGGGGUGAAAUUGCUUUCUAAAUCCAGACUGUUAACAGGAGUUCAGUGAGAUGGGACUCAUAUGUAGUCCCUGCAAAGGAAACUGUCCCUGGGAGACUCAGAAUCCUCUUGAUCUGCUAUUGAUUCUGGUACAGUCUUGUCAGUGAUUUCAGUGACUGGAGCAGGACAGCCAGACACAGUCCAGAGGUGGAUUUCUAUUUUAUUGUUAUUAUUAUUAUUAUUAAUGCUGCAACUGCUGGGUGCUGCAGCAUGAACCUGCCUGUACAAUAGUAGCUGAACAUUCAUUCUUCUCCUUCCCUGUGUUCCUGUGGCUGCCACGCAUGACUAAGGAGCAAAAACAAUCUAGUGGAGUGACUCAUCCCUCCCAAGAAGGUGGGAUGAGAGCAACAGGAGACAGCAAGCAUGGAAACGACAUCCCACAGGGAGCUGAGCUGAGCUUCACCAAAGCUCCAGAGCCUGUGUGUGGCCGAGGCUUUGGUCAUCAUGGCUUGUGAGAUCAAUGAGCUUAGCAAUGUUCCUGUCCCUGUCAUGCUAAUGCCUGAUGACUUUAAAGCCUACAGUAAGAUUAAGGUGGACAAUCAUCUAUUCAACAAGGAAAACCUGCCAAGUCGCUUUAAAUUCAAGGAGUAUUGUCCACUGGUGUUCCGGAACCUCCGGGAAAGAUUUGGGAUCGAUGAUCAAGACUACCAGAACUCGGUGACGCGCAGCGCCCCGGUGAACAGCGACAGCCAGGGCCGCUGUGGUGCCCGCUUCCUCACCACCUAUGACAGGAGGUUUGUCAUCAAGGCUGUGUCCAGCGAGGACGUCGCAGAGAUGCACAACAUCCUCAAGAAGUAUCACCAGUUCAUCGUGGAGUGCCACGGCAAUACCCUUCUGCCCCAGUUCCUGGGUAUGUACCGGCUCACCGUGGACGGCGUGGAGACCUACAUGGUGGUCACCAGGAACGUGUUCAGCCACAGGCUGACCGUGCACAGGAAAUACGACCUGAAGGGCUCAACAGUAUCCAGGGAAGCAAGUGACAAAGAGAAGGCCAAGGAUCUCCCAACGUUCAAGGACAACGACUUCUUGAAUGAGGGUCAGAAGCUGCAUGUUGGAGAAGAGAGUAAAAAGAACUUCCUUGAAAAGCUGAAGCGGGAUGUGGAGUUUUUAGCCCAGCUGAAGAUCAUGGAUUACAGCCUCCUGGUGGGCAUCCACGACGUGGACCGGGCUGAGCAGGAGGAGAUGGAAGUGGAGGACCGGGCAGAGGACGAAGAGUGUGAGAACGAUGGCCUGAUGGGGAACCCCAUCUCCUCCUACGGGACCCCCCCUGACAGCCCUGGCAACCUCCUCAACUACCCCCGCUUCUUCGGGCCUGGCGAAUUCGACCCCUCCGUGGAUGUGUACGCCAUGAAGAGCCAUGACAGUGCCCCCAGGAAGGAAGUUUAUUUCAUGGCCAUCAUAGACAUCCUCACGCCCUACGACACCAAGAAGAAAGCUGCACACGCUGCCAAAACAGUGAAACACGGGGCUGGUGCCGAGAUCUCCACCGUGAACCCUGAGCAGUACUCGAAGCGCUUCAAUGAAUUCAUCUCCAACAUCCUGACAUAGUCGUGCUCGGCCCGCAGCCGGGAGCCGCGAGCAGAGGGGCUCCUGCGGCCCGUGGCCCCCAACAGACACUGUGGGCUGUGUGUGGAGUGUGUGUGACGUGCCAGGGUAGCGCCAUGUGGAGACCUCAUCCUCGGGGUGCCCUCAGACAGCCUGCUUGUCCCACUUGGGAAAAGUGGGGUUCAAUGUUACAGAAGUGCCCAGACGUAAGAUUUGAGGGCUUUUUCAAACAAGCCAAGUGCAUUGUUUUCAGCACUGCUCUUUCUAGUGACAUUUUCUCCUCUCCGAUGCAGAGAAUCCCRGAGGGAUCAUGUGUGACAUGUGGCACUGUGUCCAAGGGGUGGCUCCAGAGCACGGUCAGUGGCAGUGAAGCAGUGCCUGAUUCCACAAACCACUCCUUUUUUUUGUUGUUUUCUUUYGUUGUUGUUGUUGUCGUUGUUGUUUUAUUGGACCGUCUUUUUCCCAGAAAGACACCCCUUUUAUUUCCCUCUCGGUAGGAGUUGGAAGGAAAAUAACUCACCAUUUCAAGGAUGGAAAAUAUAACUCUGAUAAGGAGUAGUWGCUGAACUUUAGGUAAAUUCAGACUGGGACACUUUAUAUUUUUUUGGUUAAUUUAAGGAAUGAAAAAAAAAGAACAAACUUUUUUUGUAACUGCACUUGAUUUAGGAGAAAGACGAGGGAAGUGAACAUCUACCAAAGAUGAGCUCURAAAAAAACUGAAAAAAGGUGUAACUCCCAGAACCUAAAAAAACAACCAAUGUGAGAAGUGAGAGGCAUUGACCAACCUCAGCUCAUAAUGUGCUCAGACCCGUUGUUGUGCUUUUCAAUUGGCCAGCUCUAAAGAUUACCUAAAGAGCAAAAAGAAACAUUUUAAAAAAGAGCAUUGUAUACUCUCCGGGCUAAGAUUUUGGGAUGUUUCCCUGUGGCGCCUUAGUCAAGAAUGGCUGCAUCUCUUAGGUCACCAUCGCAGUUCUGCCAGUGUUAAUUAGCUAAUAGAUAGUUCAGUCUUCCUUCCCCACCCCAUCUGCAACAGGUACUUGAAUCGGUGUCCUGACAGAGGUUCCUGGGUUGCUUGGGUUGUGGUUUUUUUUUAUUUUUAUUUUUAAAAAUGUGACUUGCACACGAAGGAAUUGGACUCGCUGCCAGUGGGGAGUGCUGGGAGCUGGGACUGGAGCAGCCCCACRGCUCCAGAGAGGAUUCAGGACCCAAGCUGGGGCUGCUCUCAUCGUCCCCUGCUCCAAACCUCUCUCUGGAGCCACAGCCACCGAGUGGAAAUGUUCGAACUCCGGCGCCAGUUUCUUUUCCAGCCCCUCUCUGAAGGAUUUGGGACUGAUUGGAGUGACUGCAAACGUCUUGUUUUCUCUCCAGAAUGGUUGUGACCCUUUCACAGCCAAGCUUGGCAGACUCGCUUUGAGUUUYGUUCAUUCUGCUGCACAGAGUUACAGACCUUUCGGUCCUUUGGAGGUUUUUUUUGGAGGGAGGGCUUUUUUUUUUUUUUUAAUUUCCACUCUCUUUUAAAGCAGGAUUUAGCAUUUUGAACAAACUUCUUGCAGUUGAAACAUGUUGCUUAAUCUGCCUUGAAACUGUUUUUUCACAUAUGCCUUUGUUUGGGGAAUAAGCUUUGUUUGGAAUGUCUGUCCUGUGCUGUAACAGUUUUGCCCUGUGGAAUUUUGGUCCUUUGGAGAGAUAACUGGUGCUCUUCACAUCCUGGUAAUUUUCUCUGGACUGGUAAUUUUCCCUGGACUUAACUCUGG